AUGGAGGGAAAGAUUGAAAAUGUCUAUGUGCUGGAUAGUUACAAAUUAUAUUUGGAAAAGUAUAGUUAUGUGGUCACUUUUAAAGAUAGAAUUGGACAUCAAACAUUGUAUCCAUCUGAAAUUAUUGAAAAUUUCUUGUUUUUGGGAAAUCGAGAUAAUGCCAGUUCCGAUAGAGAACUCACAGAUAUUGGAAUCACUUACAUUUUGAAUAUGGCAGAAGAGGUGGAAAAUGUCUUGGAGGAAAUGAUCUUGGACAAUGGAGAGAAAAAGUACAAGUACUUAAAGUUGGGCACUGGUGAUACAAUUGAACACUCGAUAUCUGAUCUCUUCGAACAGGCUAACCAAUUCCUGAGGGAGGCCUUUGAAAAUAAUUGUAAGGCAAUUGUUAAUUGUAAUAUGGGUAUCAGUAGAAGUUCAACCACUGUACUCAGCUAUUUAAUGAAAUAUUAUGAACUUUCAUUCGAGGAGGCAUUCCACCAUGCCAAAGGUCACAGAAGUAUUGUUUGUCCAAAUCAAGCUUUCCGAGAACAACUCAAAAACUAUUAUAAACGUUAAUGGAAUCUAUUCCAGGUUUUGUUUCUUUAUGUCUUUGAGAUAGUUUCCAAAAGAUUUUAACAGGAAUAAAUCCAUAGCUUUUCUUUGUUGGUUCGUACACUUUCCACUCACGUGAGAGAGUAGCACAUAAUCAUCUUCCAUUCCAAUACCAUUCUCUACUGUUUGUUUCAAUAGUUUUUGUUCCAUUUCAUUGAACAUAUCAAUGUAAUAUUCUGGUUUAUCUUUCUGAUAGGGAAUCUUACGAAUGGAGAACCAACAAUGAGCAGCAUCAUCAAUUUUAUCAAGAGCAAGAAGGGUCAGGGCCAUAUUGAACGCAAUACUGAACUGGGUUUCAAUCAACAACUUUCUAUCGAAAUGCUCCUCCGGUAAUAGUACAAACGCCUGUCUGAGUAAAUGUAGGGCAUCAUCUAGUUGGUGUUUACAAAUCAGUAUCAUUGCUCUAUUGUUUAAAAGCACAGAUUUGAAAAAGGUAUUUGAUAUUUCCUCAGAUUUUAAAGCUCCCUCCAAAAUUUGUUCACAUUCCAUGAGAGGCCUUUCCAGUGCCAUCAUGGCAUCACACUUAUAGAGUAGGAGCAUCACGUCU